AUGAAAGGCAACCACGUACUGCCAAACAAUCACUUUCGCAAGACGUCUUUGAAGAUAAAGGUCCAUCAUGAUCCCGAAACGAAGCUUAGGGUAAUGGAGGAGAAGAAGAUUCGAAAGGCCAAGUCGAUGUUCCCAAUUCCUUUGAAGAAGCUCAGGCCAGUGAUUCGAUGCCCUUCUAUCAAAUACAAUCGGAAUGAAAGACUUGGAAGGGGCUUUACGGCAGCCGAGUGUGAAAAGGCAGGGCUUGACUACAGGCAUGCCAGGCGUCUUGGAAUAGCUGUCGAUCUAAGGAGACGGGACACCAACCUUGAAGCCCUUGAAAAGAACGUAGACCGUAUCAAGACCUAUCUGAGCAAGAUCACUAUAUACGAGAGUGUCAAGGAGGCGAAGGAAAAGGGUGCUAAGCCGUAUGCAAAGAAGAUUAUGCCUUUCGUUAAGCCCAAGGUCGUUGUUGGAUCUAUCUCGAGGGAUGAGGUUGCUUCUUAUGAAUAA